AGCGCGGGGGGGGGGUUCGUCCGGCGGCCGCGCCGCACUCCCGGGGACGGCGCGCAUGGCGGCCAGGGACAUCUGCUACGUGGUGGAGGCGGAUGCGGGCCGUGAGGUGCAGUUCUGCCCCAUCCGUGGCCUGCCCAUCACGCGCGGCUGCCGGGUGCGGACCCUGCCAGGGUACCACCUCCUCUCCCUGGACGCCGGCAAGGAGGCGCUGGCCAGAGGCUCCUACGAGGCGUUCGGCGAGCAAUUCCCGUGUCAAGGCCUCGAGUACCUCCACCCCGACGACAAGAUCUUCACUUGCGCCGAGGAC